CAGAGAUUUUUUAUUUAUUUAUUUUUUUGGAGGUCUCCCAGUUAGGUGCACUAGUCUACUAUUUUACACCAAGUUAUAUAGUCACGUUCACGUAUUUCGCGGUGCAGAACAUACUGCGCGGCGUUUUUCUGUCCUGAUAAACACAAGUGGGGAAAAUGGAAGAAGGAAAUAAUGCUCCACACACUAUGGGAAAUGGGCAGUCGCAACAGAGCCCGGUACAUCACCCUAGACCGUUUUUCUAUGUUCAACCACCACCUCAACUUUAUUACAUGUACCAGUGGCCUAUGUAUAACCCAUACGGGCAGUUUGGGUACCCUGGAUCAGGUCUUCAUUUUGGACGUCCGUAUGUGUCUUCAGUACCAUACAUGCAGUAUCCAGGAUACGUCAUACCUCACGCGCCUUUACACCCAAUUGAGUACAGACGAAUGUUCAACCCAUACAUGCCACCUCCGGCAACUAUCGACACGAGGUUCUGCCACGAUGAAGGCCGUGGACAGCGGGAGACUGUUUGCUCGGAGGCCCAGACAGAGACCAGUGACGGGGUGAACGCGCUGCUUGAAGGUCUAGGUAAACUUGAGGUGCGUGAGGCAGUCGGCUCCGGAAAGCAACUGGAUUCUGGUGUGGUUUCGCCUGACUCCGGUAUCUACUUCCGGGAAGAAAGGCAAAAGUAUGUCGGGCAAGAAGAGGGGCACGUACCCAUGACGACAGAGCAGUCGGAUGCUCCUCCGCAACCACCCAUCAUGCAUCCCAGUGACUCUGCAGAAGGUGCCCGUGACAUGGAGUCAACACAAAGCGUUCUAAAGAAUGUGGCGCAGAGGCAGGAGUGGUGCGUGACGUCUGGUGUCCUGCACUUUGACGGCUCCUCUGUUUGUGAGGAUGCCAUGCUGGCGGAACCCACAGAGUCGGCACAAAUCUGCCUCCUGGCAAAGACUGGACUUUCUGCUGGACCAGGAGAUUGUGACCAAAGACUCGGCGUGUGCAACCAGACAGGCUGUGGGGCAGGUACCCAAUCUGAGCACGUAGCGUUACAAAACACAACUCAGGGCUGCGAGGACCCAGCUAAGCAGAGCGCUGAUCCUAUCUGGCCUAUGUCAGAAUGCCUGCCGUCCCAUCAUUCUACCAGCUGGCUUGACAAGGCAGCAGUUUUGCUGGGAAAUGGUGAGACCAGCAAGGCGCCACCUCCAGCAGGUGCAGAUGAUGUAGGUGCUGCUGGCGAGCCAGCCCUCGACUUUGAAGAUCAACCUUACCGGAUCCUUCGAUUACCGUUUGACAAGGUAACCCCAGUUGGGCUGUUGCAGGAGGACAACCCAUUAUGGUGUGUGGACCAGCUGACGAACUUUAUCCCUCCAGCUAGUUAUUUGUCUUCGAUUAAUAAUGCUUAUUAUAGCUACUACCCUCAAACUGCCCAGGAGCGGCAGAGUAUCCUCAGUCCAUCUUUGGAUGAGCUCUCCUCACGGGAUGAAGUGUUCUCCACUGAUGUGGAAGAUAUGGAUUUGAUUCCAGGUCAUGUGUACAUGGCGGGAGGUGAGAUGGCAGAUGGCAUAUGUUCCACUGAGGAACCUCCAGGUGAGUUGGCACUUGGGAGCUCAUCUGAAGAGGAGUGUUCCGUGUGCUCGAGGAACACUUGUGCCACCUGUGGCACUACCCUAUCCAAAACGAAAUGGAGCAAAUUGUGCUCUCCUGGACACUGUUCUGAAAAAGGGGACACGGAUGAAGAGAUCAGGGAUGUCUGUGGUGGUGAACGGGACAUUCCUGACACUCUGAAGGUUACACUGAAGAAGUUACAUGUGACUAAGCGCUCGCAGUCUCGUGGCCAACAGGUCUCUAGACAGAAACCUAAGAAGAGCUGUUGUGAAAGACCAGUGGACCCAGCUAAGAGGUACAAGGAGCAGGAAUCAAGAAGCGCUCAAUCUAAACCUCACUUGGAAGGACAGUGGGAAGAGGGCACUGUGCCAUCUGACCAAGAGAGCUGGGAGAGCUGUAGCAUUAAAGGACGACCCAAGACCUACAAACGAUAUCAUUCAUCACAUGGACAAGAGAGAUCCUCUUACAAAAGGUCUUCCUGCAAGAAUUUUGGGCAUCAAAGAACCCGAAGGAAUGAUCCUGACAACGAGGGGGAUUUCCCUCUAUUCCACAGAGGCAGAGGGUCCACCAAGAGGAGAGGCACCAGAUCCUAACCAAUCACUGCAUUAAAAAUGCUUGAGAGCACUUAACCUAAAACUAAGUAAUGACACUUUCUCUAUAACAAGUGGGUGAGUUGGCUGUAGACCCGAACUUCCUCUGCCUGACAAUGUCCUGCUGGAUGCUGUGCAUUCAGCCCAUUAAUCCCUGCUGCUGUCUUCACUGGAACCUGUUUUGAUCCUCUCUUGGGUUCUGCCAUUACGCAUUGGUCUGGGAGGUGUAGGCCUUACUGCUGUUGGGGCUCCUGAGCUUUCCAGGGUCAAGACUGGCUGUUCACUGAGGACUAGCAUCUGGGCUGCCACUUCUUGGGCAGUGGAAGUCCGGGCAAUGCCUGAUGGUGAAGGUCUGACCUCUAGUUUGGUAUUUUAGCUAACUGGGUCAGUCUUACUGUAGUGCAAAUGUUUUGACACAUUACAAUGUUUUUACAUGGAUUUCGGUGUCAUUAAAAUAUCUGCAUUGCUCUUAAA